AUGCUAAGUAAAGGCAUUGUUACCGGCUCAAAAGACGGGUUGUUCUAUGUUUGGUCGAAAGAACUUGACCGUGAAAUACUGGUGGACAGAAGACGUACAAGUACGGUCAACGAAACGAUACCAUCGGUGGGAAGCUGGAUUGUGUUCAGCCUCGAGAAUGGCUCUACGGUUGGUGAAUUCACCGAAAUACCGGAGCUACUGCCCACAAAAGUGGACCGGCAAGGCACAGUUAUGUUAAAAACACGGAUCUCAUUUCCGUCAAACAGUAUAUAUCGAUGCGAUCUGCUGGCCCACUCAGAACAUCUUGGUAAUAUCGGAAUAUUUAGGGAUGUUCCGAAUUUGAGUAAAGAUUACGAAUACGACGCCUGGGUUGAAAGGUUUCUUAUACAGUUAUUUGUGUUCUUCGAAAAAUAUGAUGCUGUUGGGUGCUUCAUGAAGUUUUCAGCGCUCAGAACAGUUCCCCGUCCACGUAGAACCUAA